CUGCAGUUUCGGCUCCACGACGUGCAUGGCUCAAACCCCGCCAAAAGCUCACCUCGUCGUCGUCGUCGUCGUAUCUCUCCUCCUCGCUACGUGCGAGGCACAUCGCGUGCGCCCACGAUGCCACGGCCGCGCGCCACCGUCCUCCACGUCGUCGAUCAUGGCGACCUUAUAAAACUCCUCCGCCGUGCGGGCCUCUCCCUCAAUCCAGUAUUCCACUACCGAGGUCGAGCAAUGGCGGCGACGAUGAACAAGACGCCGGCAACCACCUUCCUGCUGAUACCGGCGGCGGCGUCGCUGGUUCUCCUCCUCGCGGCGGCCGCGUCGGUGGAGGCGUCGGCGUUCGACUACGCCGGCGCGUUCGACAAGUGCCUCCUGUUCUUCGAGGCGCAGCGCUCCGGCAAGCUCCCCGACGACCGCCUCGUCCGGUGGCGCGGCGACUCCGCCCUCACCGACGGCUUCUCCCAGGGGGUGGAUUUGGUGGGCGGGUACUACGACUCCGGCGACCACGUGAAGUUCGGGCUCCCGAUGGCGUACGCGGUGACGAUGCUGUCGUGGGGGGUGGUCGAGUUCGAGAAGGAGAUGGUCGACGGCAACAAGCUCCACCGCGUCCUCGACGCCAUCCGCUGGGGCACCAACUACUUCGUCAAGGCCCACACCCAGCACAACGCCCUCUGGGUCCAGGUGGGUGACGGCGACAGCGACCACCUGUGCUGGGAGCGCGCCGAGGACAUGUCGACGCCGCGCACGGCGUUCAAGAUCGACAUCAACAACCCCGGGUCGGAGGUCGCCGGCGAGACCGCCGCCGCUCUCGCCGCCGCCGCCAAGGCCUUCAAGCCCUACGACCGCAUGUACUCCGACCUCCUCCUCCUCCACUCCAAGCAGCUGUUCACGUUCGCGGACACGUUCAGGGGCAAGUACGACGACUCGCUGCAGAGCGCCAAGAAGUUCUACCCGUCGGCGUCCGGCUACCAGGACGAGCUGCUGUGGGCGGCGGCGUGGCUGUACGAGGCGACCGGCGACGAGCAGUACCUCCGCUACGUGUCCCAGAACGCGGAGGCGUUCGGCGGCACCGGCUGGGCCGUCACCGAGUUCUCCUGGGACAACAAGUACGCCGGCCUCCAGGUCCUCCUCUCCAAGGUCCUCUUCGAGCAGGGCGGCAGCGCCGCCGGCUACGCCGACACGCUGAAGCAGUAUCAGGCCAAGGCCGAGUUCUUCCUCUGCGCCUGCCUCCAGAAGAACAACGGCCACAACGUCAAGAUGACCCCUGGUGGUCUCAUGUACGUGAGCGACUGGAGCAACAUGCAGUACGUGAGCUCGUCGGCGUUCCUCCUCACCGUCUACGCCGACUACCUCGCCGAGUCGCGGGGAACGCUCAGGUGCCCGGACGGCGAGGUGAAGCCGGCGGAGAUCCUCCGGUUCGCGAGGUCGCAGGUCGACUACGUCCUCGGCAAGAACCCCAAGGGGAUGAGCUACAUGGUCGGAUACGGCAGCUACUACCCGACGCACGUCCACCACCGCGGCGCGUCCAUCCCGUCCAUCUACGCCAUGAACGCCACCGUCGGGUGCAUGGAAAGCUUCGACAAGUACUACAACAGCAAGAACGCCGACCCCAACGUCCUCCACGGCGCCCUCGUCGGCGGCCCCGACGCCAACGACGCCUACGACGACGACCGCUGCAACUACCAGCACGCCGAGCCCACCCUCGCCGGCAACGCCCCCAUGUCCGGCGUCUUCGCCCGCCUCGCCGCCUCGCCCGCCGAUAACACGCCGGAGUACACGCCGGCGCCAAAUGCCCCCUCGCCAUCAAAUGGUGGGUCGCCGUUGGAGUUCGUGCACACGGUGACGAACACGUGGAAGGCAAACGGCGUGGACUACUACCGGCACGUGGUGACGGCGAAGAACACGUGCGGCCACGCCAUCACCUACCUGAAGCUGCAGAUCAAGGAGCUCUCCGGGGAGAUCUACGGCGUCUCCCGCACGAACGCCAAGGACAUGUACGAGUUCCCGUCGUGGAUGACACGGCUCGACGCCGGCGCGCAGCUCACCAUCGUCUACAUCCAGGGCGGCCCCGCCGCCAAGAUCGCCGUCGUCGAGUACAAGACGGCCUGAGAAUGGCACGACGACGACGACUGAUUUCUGCCUUUCCUUUUUUCCAUUUUAGUUUUGGUGUGUGGUUGGCUGCUGCUUUUCAGCAAACAGGUGGUGUGCAAUCUCGAAGCAACGAGUCUGUGAUGUCACCUCUGACCACGACUGCUUUGAGAUGUGGACAUGCACUGUUUCUUCUGUACUUGGAAUGGCAUAGGAGAUCUCUCAGCUUUUCUUUUAGCUUUCGUGAUUUCUCCAUUCUUUCCGCUGUGCACGCCUGUGUGUUUUAUAUGUUCAAAUUAAGCAGAAAACUGUGACAUGAUGUUUUUGCUAUUGUGCUUAGGUGGUGUUUGGAUCCA